CAGUUGUAUUACAAGUAUUCGUAGAUAACGUAUGAUAUAUUGGAUCUAGAGAUAAAAAAACUGUCGAGAGAAAUAACACAAGAAUUAGACAACUUUUUUGGAUUUUUACAAAUAAAUAGACGCUAAAAAUGCCACCAAAGCCAGCAGCAAAAGGAGGAGCAGUAAAGACUGCCUCAAAGACUCCAGCCAAGACGGGAGCUUCUAAAUCAGGUGCUACAGGGACAAAAACAGGUGCAAAAACUGGAACAGCCAGUAAAGGUGCGACUAAAGACGCAGAUGUUAAGAAAGUGGAGGAAGAUAUGGCAAAGGUUGCUAUUAAGAAGAUCUUAGUUCCAGAACAAAUUGGGUUGAAAGAAGUGGCCAAUUUAAUGACAUUAGCUGGUGGUGUAGGACAGAAAAUAAAGGAAUCGAAUAGGUGGUUAUUUAUGAUAGAUCACAACGGUAAUGUACAUACUUUUCUUAAGUAUAGAGAUGUUAACAUGAUCAGCGUCACAUCGGGUCUAGAAUUCCAGAAGGAACCACUAAGGAAGGCAUUGAUGGGUGCUCUCAGAUUUGGAAAGCCUCAUAUAAUAGACGUGAGUGAUACAGAUCAGAGUAAAGCUAUGGACAUGGUGCGAGACACGUACAAUGAAAUUUAUAAAGGGCUGUGGGACGACAUUAUGGACAGAAGUAUCAUGGAUUUUGAGAAAUGUGGGAAGCUAUAUCAAGCUAACGAUGAUUCUGAAUACAAGAAUUGUUAUGACUACAGAGUGCAAGACUUUCAGUUUAUGGUAUACACAAAUACUGACCCACCUUCAUCUGCAAAUGACUCGUUCUUCCCUGUUGUAAUAGAAUGAUAGUGGCGGAUAUUUAAUAUAUAUUACAGUGAAAAAAAAAACAUAGGAUAAAGGAAAUGGCAUUCAUUAUAUAUAAUAACUAUUGCUUAAAACUGCGUUUAUUCCGUCCGUGUAAAGACAGUCAUAUUUUUUUUAUCUGCCAUAUGCUUUUAUAAUAUAUAUAUAUAACGUUGGCUUUUUGUAACUCAUGAAACGCAUAAUGCAAUAAUUAUAGAUGCAAUUUUAUUUUCUGAAUUUUGUUGUAUACUAGUAUAAUUAUUUUAUUGUAUUUUUAAAACAUGUAUAUUUUGUUACUUUUGUUUUCUCUACAUACUAAGAAAUAAAGUUAGC